AUAUAUAUAUAUAUAUACUUGUAUUCCUCGCUGAUUCUGUGCAUCAUCAUCGUUAUCACUUUAUGGCAAUUGCAGCUUCAACCUCAUCGUCCACCAUGAAGAUCACCCAUAGCCACGACAGCCACAAUAUUAACUACGACAAGAGGAGGCCGCCGCCGCCGGCAGAGGUUGACGACGACGAUGUCGACGACGGUCACCAGCAUGACGUGGUCAUGCCUGGGUUUCGCUUCCACCCAACAGAAGAAGAACUGGUCGAGUUCUACCUUCGCCGUAAGGUGGAGGGCAAGCCUUUCACUGUUGAACUCAUCACUUUUCUCGAUCUUUAUCGCUAUGACCCAUGGGAGCUUCCUGGUUUGGCGGCGAUUGGGGAGAAGGAAUGGUACUUCUAUGUGCCGAGGGAUCGGAAGUAUCGGAACGGUGAUCGGCCGAACCGUGUGACGACGUCGGGGUAUUGGAAAGCUACCGGAGCUGAUAGAAUGAUCAAAACAGAUGGGCUCAGAUCCAUCGGACUGAAGAAAACCCUAGUCUUUUAUACUGGCAAAGCUCCUAAAGGGAUCCGUACCAGUUGGAUUAUGAACGAGUAUCGCUUGCCACACCACGAUACUGAACGAUUUCAAAAGGUUGAGAUAUCUCUUUGUCGAGUGUACAAGAGAGCAGGUGUGGACGACCAUCCGUCUCUCCCUCGUUAUCUCGCGACAUCAUCAAGAGCUUCGCAUAAUUCGCACAAGGACAAGCACAACGUCAACCAUUUAAUGGUUCAUCAGAACAUCAGAUUCCUGGGACAACAAUCCCAUCAUGAUCACCAAUAUCAAACGGACCAGGUUGUGGAUAAGAUGAAUCAUCAAACUGAUCGGGAAAACACUACUAUUGAUGGCACCAAGUACAACAAUCUGGAUCAGGGCGGAGGGUUAAUGCUCAUCCAGCAACCAAAGCAAGCACAAGUUCAUCAUCAUCUUCACCAACCUCCAGAAGCAGCAGCAUCCUCCUUCUUCCCCGAAGGCUCCAGUACUUCUAAUUCUUCCUCGUUACCAUCUAGUGAAAAUAUUAGCAAUGCAAUAAUGGUGGAUGAUCAUCAUCUCCAUCGGCUAGCGAGUUAUAAUCAUCAACAUCUGUUACAGUACUGCAAUAACAUUUAUUCUGCUGCUGAUCCUCCUCCUUCUCAGAGUACUCAGCAAUAUCACCCUAACAUGCAGUUCUCUAAUCUUCUGUUGCAGCCACAACAGUCAAUAAUGGCUCUUAAUUCUCUUCCAAACUCUUUCUCUGACAGAUUGUGGGAGUGGAAUCAAAUCCCUGAGGCAACAAACCGAGACUUCACCAACAUGUCCUUCAAGUAAUGAUACAUAUAUAUAUACUCGAUAUUUAUAUAUAUAUGAAUAUGUAGACAUUAUAUUAUAUGUGCUCAUUUCUCAAGUAUCAACACUAUAUAUAGCAUGUAGGCCCCUUCAUUUUCUUACUCUCUAAUUUGGUCUUGUUAGAGAUUUGAAUAACUUAUUAUAUUGUAUGACUCAUAUUGGUCACAUUAAUUAUUGUUACAGACAUUACAUUAAGGUUGUAGGUUUGAUGUUCUAAUGACUGAUUACUAGGUGUAAUUUAGUUAAUUUCUCAUAAAGAACCAUGAGUCGAGAUUUGAUGUACAUUCGUCAAGCCAAUGGAAGAUGGACAUUCGUUGAGAAUCUCUUCAAACA